AUCAGUCGUUUCACCACAGGGCCCUAGAGAAGGGGUAGGGAACCCUGUUCCUGGAGCGCCACAGGACCCUAGAGAAGGGGUAGGGAACCCUGUUCCUGGAGCGCCACAGGACCCUAGAGAAGGGGUAGGGAACCCUGUUCCUGGAGUGCCACAGGACCCUAGAGAAGGGGUAGGGAACCCUGUUCCUGGAGCGCCACAGGACCCUAGAGAAGGGGUAGGGAACCCUGUUCCUGGAGUGCCACAGGACUCUAGAGAGGGGGUAGGGAACCCUGUUCCUGGAGCGCCACAAGACCCUAGAGAAGGGGGAGGGAACCCUGUUCCUGGAAUGCCACAGGACCCUAGAGAAGGGGUAGGGAACCCUGUUCCUGGAGUGCCACAGGACCCUAGAGAAGGGGUAGAGAAUCCUAUUCCUGGAGUGCCACAGGACCCUAGAGAAGGGGUAGAGAACCCUGUUCCUGGAGCGCCACAGGACCCUAGAGAAGGGGUAGAGAACCCUGUUCCUGGAGUGCCACAGGACUCAGGAGAAGGGGUAGGGAACCCUGUUCCUGGAGCGCCACAGGACCCUAGAGAAGGGGUAGGGAACCCUGUUCCUGGAGUGCCACAGGACCCUAGAGAAGGGGUAGGGAACCCUGUUCCUGGAGCGCCACAGGACCCUAGAGAAGGGGUAGAGAACCCUGUUCCUGGAGCGCCACAAGACCCUAGAGAAGGGGGAGGGAACCCUGUUCCUGGAAUGCCACAGGACCCUAGAGAAGGGGUAGGGAACCCUGUUCCUGGAGUGCCACAGGACCGUAGAGAAGGGGUAGAGAACCCUGUUCCUGGAGUGCCACAGGACCCUAGAGAAGGGUUAGGGAACCCUGUUCCUGGAGCGCCACAGGACCCUAGAGAAGGGGUAGAGAACCCUGUUCCUGGAGCGCCACAGGACCCUAGAGAAGGGGUAGGGAACCCUGUUCCUGGAGCGCCACAGGACCCUAGAGAAGGGGUAGAGAACCCUGUUCCUGGAGCGCCACAGGACCCUAGAGAAGGGGUAGAGAACCCUGUUCCUGGAGUGCCACAGGACCCUAGAGAAGGGUUAGGGAACCCUGUUCCUGGAGUGCCACAGGACCCUAGAGAAGGGGUAGGGAACCCUGUUCCUGGAGCGCCACAGGACCCUAGAGAAGGGGUAGGGAACCCUGUUCCUGGAGCGCCACAGGACCCUAGAGAAGGGGUAGAGAACCCUGUUCCUGGAGCGCUGCAGGACCCUAGAGAAGGGGUAGGGAACCCUGUUCCUGGAGCGCCACAGGACCCUAGAGAAGGGGUAGAGAACCCUGUUCCUGGAGUGCCACAGGACUCAGGAGAAGGGGUAGGGAACCCUGUUCCUGGAGCGCCACAGGACCCUAGAGAAGGGGUAGGGAACCCUGUUCCUGGAGCGCCACAGGACCCUAGAGAAGGGGUAGGGAACCCUGUUUCUGGAGCGCUGCAGGACCCUAGAAAAGGGGGAGGGAACCCUGUUCCUGGAGCACCACAGGACGCUAGAGAAGGGGUAGAGAACCCUGUUCCUGGAGCACCACAGGACGCUAGAGAAGGGGUAGAGAACCCUGUUCCUGGAGCACCACAGGACCCUAGAGAAGGGGUAGGGAACCCUGUUCCUGGAGCGCCACAGGACCCUAGAGAAGGGGUAGGGAACCCUGUUCCUGGAGUGCCACAGGACCCUAGAGAAGGGGUAGAGAACCCUGUUCCUGGAGCGCCACAGGACCCUAGAGUCCUCCAGAGUUUUCCCAGGACUGGCUUUCCUAGCACUUCCUGUUAG